CUCUUCUCUCCCAUAAAGCUUUAGCUUGCUCUCGCUCUCUCUCUCUCUCUCUCCCCAACCCCCUUUCUUCUGCCCCUCCCGCCGCCUGCGUCUUGCUUCUCAUUGUUUUGCACCAUGUUGGCAAAGGCCAUUGUCUCGUCGCUGCUCUUCGCGAGCUCCAUUUCUGCCUUCAUCCCUGCCCUGCCAUUGCACGAGCGGCAAUUCCCCGCCCAGCCCAAGAAUGUCAAGACGAUUAAGACACCUACCAAUGUCACCAUUCGGUACAAGGAGCCGGGGAAGGAUGGUGUCUGCGAGACCACGCCUGGCGUCAAUUCCUACUCAGGCUAUAUCGAUUUGUCGCCCACCUCCCACACGUUUUUCUGGUUCUUCGAAUCGAGAAGAGACCCGGCAAACGAUCCCGUCACACUCUGGCUCAAUGGUGGCCCAGGCUCUGAUUCUCUUAUUGGACUGUUCCAAGAACUCGGACCGUGCAUUGUGACGGAGAAUUAUACGACAGCAGUCAAUCCGUACAGUUGGAACGCGGUCUCGAACCUUCUGUUCAUCUCGCAGCCUCUGGGCGCCGGCUAUUCUUACUCGGAAGAGGAACCGGGAUCGCUGGAAACGACCCAAGGCAGUGGUGCAUUCGUGAAUGCCAGCGAAGCUGAGCCCACCGGCACGUGGCCAGUCGUUGAUGCUUCGAUCCUGGACACUACAGACCUUGCUGCUGUAGCUACAUGGCACGUGCUCCAAGGUUUCUACAGCGCCCUUCCACAACUAGACUCCGAAGUCAACUCCAAAGUGUUCAAUCUGUAUACUGAAAGCUAUGGUGGUCACUACGGUCCCGCGUUCUACAAUUACUUCUACGAGCAGAAUCAAUUGAUCGCCAAUGGAACCAACCCCGGCACUGAAUUAACCUUCAACACGCUCGGCGUCGGCAAUGGUAUCAUCGAUGCUUAUGUGCAAGCGCCGCACUACCCCAGGUUCGCUGUCAACAACACGUAUGGCAUAAAAGCGAUCAAUGACACAACGUACAACUACGCCAACUUUGCUUUGAACAUGCCAGCCGGGUGCCUCGCCCAGAUCCGGAACUGCCGCGCCUCCGACAUCAACUCUCCGACGGAGCAAUCCAUAUGUGCGCAAGCGGCCGACAUGUGUCGCGACAAUGUCGAGGGGCCUUACGAGAACAUCGGCAACCGUGGUGUCUAUGACAUCCGGCACCCACGGGUUGACCCCACGCCGCCGGACUACAUGACGCAAUACCUCAAUACGGGCUCAGUACAGGACGCUCUGGGUGUAAGCUUGAACUACACCCAGUCCAACGGCGACGUCUACUACGCCUUCCAGAUCACGGGCGACUUUGUGUACCCCAACUUCGCGGAGGACAUUCAGAUGCUACUGGACGCAGGCGUGCGUGUGGCGCUCUACUACGGCGACGCGGACUAUAUCUGCAACUGGUUCGGCGGAGAAGCCGUCUCCCUCGCCAUCAACCAUACCGACAGCGACCGCUUCGCCGCCGCGGGCUACACGCCCUUCACGGUCGACGGCACCGAGUACGGCGUGGUACGCCAGGCGGGCAACUUCAGCUUCCUGCGCGUAUACGAGGCCGGGCACCUGGUGCCGUACUACCAGCCUGUAGCCGCGCUGGCCAUGUUCAAUCGGACAAUUAACGGCGAGGCAAUUGCGGACGGAGGUCUUUGGGAUCCAGAGGGCGAGGGCACCAAAGGCGAGCCCAGCGCGACGCAUACGGAGCCGUUUGUGCCGUUGCCUACGGCGACUGGGGCUUAGUGAUGGGUAAAGAAAAGGGUCAAGGAAAGGUAGGUUGAAGAUUGGAUUGGCUAGUCGAUUGGAAAAGAGGGAGAUGCGCAUGCAUGCGGCUGUGGUUUUGUGUGUGGGUCGGUGUCGUCCCGUUUGGCCCUAUCCUAUCCCUUAGCGUAGUAAAUAAAUUAAUCGACGAUUGACGGACUGGAUGUGAUGUGGUAUAUAACAAUAUAUGCGUGUAUGGUACGCCCCCUUCCUUUGGUCAGGCUUUUAGGUAUCAUAUCUAUCUGAUCAGUCUAACGGCUAAUUACCCACGCUCUCAUCCCAUGCAGCCACCACGUACCCAACCGUCCUGUCCGACUGGGGAAAUGACCACUGAAUCCCACCCGAUAGGCAGGCAGACAGCGCAUCCACUUCCCUCCCAAACCAAAUAUAAAACGAAACCCAAGCAGCAAAAAAGCAACAACCG